UGAUCCUGAACUAGAAGCUAUUAGACAUGCGAUCGCAAGAGCUGAAAUCUGGGCAUGGCAAUAACCCAAAUCAACGGAGAUCAACAGAUGUUGCUAAAAGAUGUGCAUCGUUGCUGUCUAUUAGCUGAUGUUGCUCCAAUUUCCCUGGUGAAACCUUUAAGAUCUAUAGGCUUAGAGGAUGGUAUUCUGAGGGGUUCUCAAAUGGAACAGAUAAUUGAGAAGGUUUGUGAGGAGCUGCCUAAUAACGCUCUGGAGUUUUGCGUUAAUUUUUACAAGCAAUUUCAUUUUUCGAUGGUUGGAAGCUGACGAGUACUGUUAGUUUUGCUGCAGAACAGUCAGCACCAAUGAAAGUUCCAGAUUAUUGUUGCAGAAGAGCCAACUUCACUUCUUCACCCAUGGCCAGGACAUAAUCUGAUUUCAGUGGUCCGACCUUCAAUGGCACCUAUUUUGACAAAGCAGUUACAUAAAAUGCUAACGUCGCAGGUUGUCUCUCUCAGUUGUAAUAUCGUUUUAGCUUCCAGCUGCAGUGACUAUAUUUAUGAAAAAGAAUAUAUUCCAAAGAUAAUAAUCAAUUGUUCACAUAUACCCUUUUACUAGAUCUUUCUGAAUGUCAAUUCCUAUGCCCCCACAAGCAUUUUGACAUGGUCUCAA